UUGGACCUUGCGAGUUCGGCGAACCCAACCAGCGAGUCGCGGUCCGCCGAAAAUUCGGUGUCGGUAUCGUGUUCGGGUUUCAAUUUUGACCAUUAUUCCAGCUUUGACCCCUUUGGUUAUUAGAAUUCCGAAAUUUUCCAUAGCCUCGGUUCGCCUGGUUCCAUGACGAGUAACAGUUCGGUUGACCUCUCCAGUUACAUCUAUUUCCCCGGUUUCCUUGGUUUUAUCUAUAAUAGCCGAUAAUUUUGGCCCUGGCUAUUUUGACCUUUUGUAUUGAUGAACUCCCUAUUUCUGUUAGUCUCUCAAUAUUACUUUCCUCCAAACUCUUCACUAGCUUUUAACGGCUUCCACUUCAAUAGUUCUUCUUUCUCAGUCUCAGAUCCUUCCGAUUCGCGUUCAACUCUAUCCAGCUUUUCGAAAAACUUUAAAAAUCUAUCCCAAUUAUACUUAACCCUAGUUUUUUUAUUUGCUAGCAAUUUGCCCUAA